ACGAUAACCUCUACCCGACAUGUCGCGCCCUCUGACCCUCUUCAGUAUCCAGGCUAUCCUGAUCCUCGCCAUCGACGAUGGCUCCCGCAUCCUCACAAAGUACUACGCGAACCCUCACCCGCCCGCCGGCGUCCAGUCCGACUACCCCGGCCAGAUCGCCUACAAGACGGUAAAGGACCAGAAGGCUUUUGAGAAGGGACUGUUGGAGAAAACAGCCAAGCAGACGACCGACAUCAUACUCUAUGACCAGAAGGUCGUCGUCUUCAAGAUGGAGUCGGACGUCAUGCUCUACGUCGUGGGGAGCGCCCAGGAGAACGAGGUUCUGCUGUACAGCGUCGUCCUUGCGCUGAGAGACUCGCUCAACAUCCUGCUCAAAAACUCCGUCGACAAGCGCACCGUCAUCGAAAACUACGAUCUCGUGUCGCUCGCCGUCGACGAGCUCGUAGACGACGGCAUCAUCCUCGAGACCGACCCCGUCGUUGUUGCUUCGCGUGUCAGCAAGCCCCCGGCGCAAGACAUGACGUCGAUGAAGAACCUCGACCUCUCAGAACAGGGCUUCCUGAACGCGUGGGAGUUUGGCAAGAGGCAGCUGGCGGAGAGGAUACGGCAGGGUCUUUGAGUUUUGGGUUGCAGCGUGGAUAUGGCGUUGGAGGAGUUCACACGGUCAAAAGGGCAUGGCGAUUGCAUACCCCUCCAUGUCCAGGCACGAUAGAAAGUACUUUUACGCAAGCUGCUGAAGACACGCAAUCUCUUCAUUGGCUUGGACAUCAGGGUCUGUGUGAAUAACCAUAAUUGAAGGGUGCGUGUUACUAAGC